CGCAAGGUAGUCGCCGCAUUUGCGAUAAAUUUACUCGGCUAGUGUGUAAAAAAGGCACCAAUGUGAUUUUUGUAAAGCAACGAGAGAGAAAUACAAAUUGAAAUAUAAAAAAUUAAAUAAAUAACGAAAGCAAAGUUUUUUUUUGCUGCCAGCUAAUAAAAUUGUCACUCUCUAACCUUUUUCCCUCACAUAGAAUAUUACCUGUGAAAGUGAAAAUACAAACGAACGAGCCAAGCAAAACAAAAACGCGUGUGUGCAAGCAGCAGCAAAAAAGGAAUCCGAAAAAAACAGUGUGUGAGCAAAAGAGAGAGGAGAGGCCAGCAUAAGAACCCAAAACAUAACGAAAACAAAUAUCGACAACUGCAGCAGCAGACAGAAAAAAAGAAGCAAAGAAGACGGAAAUAAGCAAAAGCAGCAAAAACAAGAACAACUCAACACAGCUAACGUCAGACUCUGAAGUGUCGCUCUUUUACGUUUUGCUCCACUAUGCUCUUGCAGUAUUCGUUUUAAAUCGUUCAUUAUAAUGAAUUCGGCGCGACAUCAUCGUAUUGGAGUAUUUCUGUCUCCAUAAAUGCACAUAGCUAAGCCGCAAUAAGAACGAUAACCCCACAAAAACCCAACAACAACAAUAAAAUCACCAACAACUGUUGAUCUAGUCACAAAAAAAAAAGGAAUACUGCAAAAAUAAGUCUUGGAUAUCCUACUACCACACCCACACACUAAAAGCCACAACUAUUUGCUAAGAAAACACGAGCAACGACAGCUCUCAAGUAACCAGAGACAGCUAAAGAGUCAAAGCUGGCUAAGAAAAUGCCCUAUCAUCGUGCCGACACAUCGGCUCAGGCCGAUAAGCUGAGCGGCAUUGUCGAGGAGAGUGAUCUAUAUGAGGGAUUUGCUCCGCAUGUGGAAACAUCUGAAAUCAAAACACUCGAUUUCUAUAAUCUACCAAAGCAAACUGGCAAAGAGCCGGCGCUACGCUCUUUCACCGAAAUCCAACAGCUGCUGCAGCAGAACAAGAAACGCGAUGUUAAGAACAUACUCAGAGAGAACUCGUGGCCCAUAAAUUCACCGAUACGCUCACAAUUGUGGCCAGCACUAUGCGCCCAGCACUUGACCAAGCAGAAUAUUGUAGAUGGCUUCUACUGGGAGAUGGUGCAUCAGGUCUUUGGCACCACGGAGCUGUCGGAGAAGCCCAUCAUGCUGCCCGCAUUUGUGGAUGCCACACACUGUUUGCCGUAUCACUUAACCAGCACGGGACGCGCUGUUGCCGAUCGCAUUGUGAACGUUUUGGGCUAUGAUUGUCCCGACAUUACCUACAGUCCAGUAUUGUAUCCAAUUACAUCGUUACUUUUGCAUUUCAUGUCGGAGGAGGAAGCUUACCUGUGCCUGGCGGGACUUGUGGGCAGCAAGGAGAAGACAUUCAUCAAUCAAACCAAACUACAGCAUGAGGUCACCUGGAAGACAGUCAUGCAAAUAGCCAAAAAGCACACAAAAAGUGCCAUUGCGUAUUUCCAACGCAUCUGUCCAGGCCAGAAGCUGGAGCGCGUAUUCAUGGACUGGUGCUGGUGGAUAUUAGCUGGUCUACCCUUUCAGCACUUGGUGCGAAUUAUGGAUUGCUUUUUUCAUGAGGGCAUUAAGGUGCUCUAUCGCGUCGCCCUGGUCAUACUCAAUCUCUUUCAUAAGGAAUGCCAGUCGAACAACGAAUGGAGUCCGGAUAAUAUUAAAAACGACAUUGGCAAUGCGCUCAUCAAGUUCUGCAAAAAGAUACCAGUAUCGCCGGCGAAGCUGCUCCAUGCCGCUUUUAGUAUUAGGGGACUCAGUACCCAGUAUAUUUCUAGAAUAUUUAUCAAGACUGAAAUGCUACUAAAAAGCCGAUCCGCGCUUAAUAGCGGCUCGAAGCAAUUAAUCAAAUCGCGUUCAAGUGAUAAUCUGCCCACUAGUCAGUCGCAGGUCAACAUCCAAAUGAUGUCACACACAUUGACCAUACGAGAGAAGCUGCACUCCGAGAGCUGUCGCAAUUUGGGCGAAAAGUCGCCUGGUCAUAGAGCUAUCGCCAUGGGUGUCUAUCCCAUACACAAUCUGAAAAGUCAAGUCUGUAAGAACGAAGAUCUGUUCACGCUGUGGUCCUGGCUGCCCGUGCGAAUCACAAUGUACCAACCCGUGCUGCUCUAUACCACCGAGGAGCACGGCUGCUCCCUGACCACCUUCUACGUGCGCGUCGAGCAGCAUGAGCCCACGCUGCUGAUGAUCAAAACGUGCAACAAUGAAGUAUUUGGCGCCUACUGCUCCUCGCGCUGGUUCGAGCGCAACGUCAAAGAUGACAAGGGCCAGAGACAGGCCUACUUUGGCACCGGCGAAACCUUCCUCUUCUCUCUGUAUCCCGAGCGUGCCAAAUACCCCUGGGUGGGCAUCGAGGGCGAUCGCGAUUUGGGCCAUAGCUCAGAACUCUUUAUGGCAGCCGAUUCCAAAAUGAUAACAAUUGGCGGCGGUGAGGGCCAAGCUAUUUGGAUGGACGAGAAUAUACGAUUUGGCAAGACGGACGGCUGCAAGACCUUCAACAAUCCCCCGCUUUGUCCAUCGGGCGACUUCGAGAUACGCGUACUGGAGGUGUACGGCUUUGUGGGCGUUUAAGGUCAUUAGGGCCGCAUGGACCCAACACUCAAAACCGAAACCAAAUUGCCCGCCGAUGUUCAAGUGCUCAGCGUUAAGAGAAACCCGCACCUAUGCUC